UUUUGUGGCCGGUAAAUUCUGUUUCAUUUCCUCUGGAACUAUAAUGGGCAAGAGAAGUAUUCCACGGCGUCAAUCCCCUUGUUGAUUCAGUCUGCUUCCUUCUAUUCUUUAACAGGAAGCUCUUGGACAAUCAGCACAUGUGGACAAACUUCUCUCCUGGUUGUUUUUUGUUCUCCCAGACUGCAGAAUGGACAGAGCUGCAGGUUUCUGAGGAGUGACAUGUGGAAGACAUAAUGAUAGCUUUACAUUUUUUGAUGUUUUUCUGGUUAUGUGACUCUGUUCUUCUUCAAGAGUCCGUGCCGAAGAAAAAUGGAAGCUUCAUCCAGCCAUCCUCAGCAGUUUCCACAGGUAUAUAUAACGGGGCCACUUCUCCCACGAAAGGUCUCCUGUAUGUAAAUACAGAUUUUCUCACUAUCCCUUCCCCUACAGAAGAAAAAUCAGCAGCACUAACAGUGGCAGCAUCUGGUGUUAUCAGCUUCAUUGCCAUUCUGGUGGUGAUUGUAAUUAUCCUGGUUUGUGUGGUCAGCCUAAGAUUCAGGUGUCAUCACUGCAAAAAUGUGGAAGAUAAACCAAAACCUCAACAUCCAAUGGUAUCUUACAGCUGCUCCGAUGCUGAAGCUGCACUUGGCAAGAAAAACGUCAUGCUGGUCUCCAUGAAAGACUUAAACAUAAGCAACAGCCAAGGUGCUGCAAAAUGUAUUACACAUGAAAAUUGAAGAAACAUUUUAAAAAAUGUGUAACUUUAUUUUUAAUCAGUGUGGGGGAAUGCUGUAAGGUAUUUGUUAUUCUGUUUGCGAUAUAAACACAUGAAGCCACUUUGUAAAUCAGACCAAUGAUUAAUCUAACCUAAUAUUGUAUACUCUUUGACUUAUGGUAACUCUCCAACAUACCCGAUCCUUUAAAUGCAAAUACUGGGUAUUUUACCUGGAACUGUUGUCUCCUAAAUGCAAAACAUGCACUGUACUAUUGAGGUAUGCUCCUUCUCAGUUAUGGUUUUCAACUGGCCAAGAAACCUCUAUUUUUUCUUUGAAAAGUACUCGUAUUGAUGAAAACAAUUAACCAGUCACUGCUGCCUUACUCUUAAGUUCAUUUCAUUGCGGUAGUUGUUAAUUUGGCAUAUUUUAAUUUCAAUGGAGCACACAAAAUAUAUUCUCUCAGGAGAAGGAAGGCGGGUGAAGGCAGCCACAUUUUAAUGCACAAGCAACUUCUCAUUUGCUUACCUGUGCUGGAAGCCUUGUCCUUGCAUCCCCAGCUGCAGAAGUGAGCUUGAAGUUCCUGGCAGAUGCUUGUGUUUGAAAUCCUGGGCAGAGUAUCUGAAAGGGGAAUCUGAAAAGAUAAAUACCACCUAUCUGCCCUUUAUUAUUUGUGUUUAUCUUGGCUGUUGAGUUGCCUUUUUAUGCAGAGCUCUCCGUCAUCAAAGUCCCCUCUUGAGUAUUCUUGAAUUGAUGGCAAAGUGAUGUCUUUAAUGUCUGAGAGUAAAGUUCCCUGGCUAGGUUUUUUUAUACUCCUGUCUUCACAUGCAGCUGGAGAAGGGGGAUCUUCGUUAACUUUCUUUCCAAAGGUAACAUUACACCAUAGUUGUGGGCAGGACCAACCCUCUGAGUGAGCAUAACAUCCUGUCUAGCUUCCUUUCCUCCACUGUGCUGGAAGGCUUACCGGUAUAUUAGAUGUAUAAAUAUAUUGUUCCACCAGCAGAGUGCUGUGCUCAACCAGCACACAGAGAUUUGACAACUGUAGCAGGUAUGAGAUAGGUUCACACUGUUUCUAGGAUUAUAAAUUAAUUCAGGUAUUAUACCAAUUACAUUAUUUCCUUCUGAAUUGCUGCCUCUGUUGCAGUUGCAACCCCAUCAACCAAAUCGUAACAGCUAACAUUUUUCACAGCUGUUAUUUGUUAGUGAUUUUUGCAUAAUGUUUUCCUCAGGGUAGCUGUCGAAACACAUAAAAACAAAAACUACACGAACCCUCUCUCAUCUAUAAUACACCAACUUCCCACCACCAUCUACCACUGCAGCAAUGAAACACAAAACAGAGCAUGAGUCUUUUGUGAUUACUAAUGUAUUCCAUCUUUCAACAAGAAAGGCAUGAUCUUAAUAUUAUUUAACAAUAUGUUAAAAAAUCAGCCAAUAGGCUUCAGCGUUAAUACAGUUAUACAGUUUUACUGAUUUGAUAUGCAAGUACUCAUUUGCUAAACUUCCUCUUGCAAGUAUUUUUACACAAGCUGGCUACAAAUUGGGAAUCAAAACACAAAUUGCUUAACUUGUACAUUCUCAACAGUAGAUUGUGAAAAACGAAAGUAAAUGCUUGUCCCAAAAGAGGAAUUUUCUCUAUGACAAAUUCUUUAAAGAAGUCUAUAAG